AUGAAGCAGCUGAGAUAUCACUGUCAACCUAUUCGCUCCUUUAUGGCAAAAUUAUCACUCUCGAAUUGUUUACUUUUAGUUCUACUAGUAUUGGUAGUAGUACUUACUGAUCGGAUUAAUGCUAUUCCAAUUGAUAAUGGUGUUGAAGGUGAACCUGAAAUUGAAUGUGGUCCAACAUCAGUUACUGUUAAUUUCAAUACAAGGAAUUCAUUUGAAGGACACGUUUACGUGAAAGGUUUAUAUGAUGAGCAAGACUGUCGAUCAGAUGCAGGUGGUCGUCAGGUAGCAGGAAUUGAACUUUUAUUUGAUACAUGUAAUGUGGUACGGACAAGAUCGUUAAAUCCACGUGGUAUCUUUGUGACAACCACUGUUGUCAUCUCAUUUCAUCCAUUAUUUAUUACUAAAAUUGAUCGUGCUUAUCGCAUUCAAUGCUUUUAUAUGGAAGCUGAUAAAACAGUGAGCACUCAAAUUGAAGUUUCUGAAAUGACAACUGCUUUCCAGACUCAAGUGGUACCAAUGCCAAUUUGUCGUUAUGAGCUACUUGAUGGUGGUCCAACAGGACAACCAAUUCAAUUUGCUAUCAUUGGUCAACCAAUUUAUCAUAAAUGGACCUGUGAAUCAGAAACUGUUGAUACAUUUUGCGCAAUUGUCCACUCAUGCUUUGUUGAUGAUGGUAAUGGUGAUACGGUGCAAAUUUUAAAUGAAGAAGGCUGUGCUUUAGAUAAAUAUUUGCUGAAUAACUUAGAAUAUCCCACUGAUCUAAUGGCUGGUCAAGAAGCACAUGUAUAUAAGUAUGCUGAUCGAUCGCAACUUUUCUAUCAAUGUCAAAUCACAAUUACAAUCAAAGAGCCAAAUACUGAUUGUGAACGACCGAGAUGUUCCGAACCGGAAGGAUUUGGUGCAGUUCAGCAGAGUAGUAGAACAAAUCGUGCAACGGUGGUAUCAUUGGUGACACCUGCGUCACAUAUGAGAUUAUUGAAGAAGAGAGCUGCUGAUUACGAUAGUACAGUAGAUGUCAGGACUGAUAUCAGUACAUUGGACAUUAUUGAUGAGAAUACAAUACUACCAGAGGAUUUGCGUUAUCGGACACGAUUAGAUGUGCAUGGAAAUGUUAUGACUGAUAAGGGUGAUCGUAUUGCUGUAUGCUUAUCACCUGUGAUAUUUUGUUUACUUAUUUCAAUUAGUGCGCUAAUGAUGGCUACAUUCAUCGUAUACAUUUCAUAUUUUCGUAAACAAAAAUUAUGGACAUUUUUCUAG